AAUAAAUACAAAAAAAAAAUCAAACAAAAUCAUUUUUUCCUGCUGCUGUACGUAUCUCACAUUUUUAACUAUUUCCAACGAUCCUCAAAAUGUCGAUAGUGCAGCAAUCGGAUGGCGAUUUUACCGCUUAUGCCACACAACGCCCCAACAGUUUGGAAGUUCGUGGCAAAUUGCCAUUUCAAAUAAAUGAAGGUGCCGUUACCGAUUUUACAUUGGAGACAUUCAUCAAUAAUCUGCAAUUGGACCUUUACCGUUUGAUGAAUGAGGAAGCCAAGGAUGAGUAUUUGGAAAAAUAUGAUGCCUUGGAUAUGUUUACGGCCGUGCAAGAAAUAAACCGCGAACUGGCUAUAGUUAAAUUGGAGAAUCAUUUUCUCAUCGAUUUUCUCGAACGUAAUGAUCCGAAAAUGCUGAUCGGGCUCAAGACUAGGCGUAUCACAGCAUCAGCGCAAAGGCGCACGACUACAACUAGCUCCGUGGGCAGUGCACGUUUAUCGAAUGCAACGCCGAGGCGUUCAAUUAGUUCGAGACCCUCCGAAACCGUCUCCAUAUACAACACAAGUCAAUCAAACUACACGGGCGCUUCGAAGAAAGGUGGACCGGCGGGUAUGCAUAGCGGUCAAAUGGAGUAUAGACUAAAUUACAAGUCGAAAUGCGACAUGGCGGAGAAGGCAACGACCGAAGUUGAAAAACGUGUAAAUGAAAUUGAGAGCAAAGCAAUGCAGGCGAUUAAGUUGCUGAAUGCACGUAUUGAGGAGCUGCAAUUUCGCUAUGACGAAACCGACGAAACGAUGAAGAAUUUCCAAUUACAUUUUCUCAAGGACGAAAAGGAUAUUGCAUUUUUAGAGAACGCUGGUGAAAAACAAAUUGAGCGCAAGUUCAAAAAGUUCGUCAACAAUUGGCUGAAGAAUGCACGCGCGCUGCUCAGCACAAUGCGCUUACGCAUAACGGCAUUACAUGAGAAUUGCCAACAAUUGCGCAGUGAUCUAAUAACCAAGUCCGAUUUGAGCGGCAUCUUGAGCGCCGUUGACUUCGAGCAAUUGAUGAUUAAACGAAAUGAGCUACUGAAUUCGUUGGAUGAGAAAAACGCGCACAUGGCGGGUUUGAAGAGUGUCACUGGCAAAGCAUCACUGGCCAUGUCGGAGGAGAAGCAAAUCAUGAUGAAUAUUGAGGAGGAGUCGAAAUCAAUUGCAAACAAGACUGUGGAUGUGAUUAAGAAUGUUUCGCAGCUGGAAAGAGAAGCCAAGGCGGUGGAGGAGGAAAAUAAGAAGGAAUUGAAAAUAUUGCAGUCGCUCAAAGAGCAGCUGGAGCGUUAUCAGGCGCCUAGUGUAAAUCAGUAUGUUGAAAAAAAGGAUGAGUUAUUGAUGUUGGAGAAAGAGGAAAAAAUGUUGCAACGAAAAAUUUACAUAUUAAAUAUGAAGCUCAAUAAUGUUUACAAGCGCUGCGCAAAAAUGCAAUGA